GAGAAGGGGGUGGGGCCGCGGGACCAGCGGGGCCCGAGCAGCGGCUGCGGAGCCCUAGCCGGAGCUGGGCGAGGGCGGCUGCGGUCCUGGCGGCGGCAGCGGCGGCGCCGGGAGAAGAUGGUGGCGCUGGAGGUAGGAGCGGCUGGAGCGCAGCUUUAUUCCCAGGCUUGGCACCAACGCUGUCAUUAGCGCCGCCUGCUCCUGCGGGCCCGCGAGCCCAGCUGUCAGGCAAGAAAGGAGCAAGAGCCAGGAAGACUCAGGACCGUGGGGAAGGUUCCCGAGACGGGGAAGCUCCGUGGCUGGUGGCUGGAAAGGAAGACGUGGGGAAUUGUCACCAGUGGGGUUUCUUGGAGGAUCACGGUGUGAUGGGCGAUGUCAUCUCUCACCUCAAGUCUUCACUAUGAAAUCCCGGGUGGAGCAAAAUGAGAGCGCAGUGAGCCGGCCAGCCUCUCCCCCAGCUGUCCCCGACACCCACCAUGAACCACUUGGAGGGGGCCGCGGAGGUGGAGGUGAGCGACGAGGCGCCAGGCGGGGAGGUGAAUGAGUCGGUGGAGGCCGACCUGGAGCGCCCCGAGGUGGAAGAGGAGCAGCAGCCGCCGCCGCAGGACUAUGCGGGCCGCGCCCCGCGCGGGCGCGCCGUCGAGGACCUCCGCGCCCAGCCCGGGCCGCAGGCGGAGGAGGAGCGCGGAGAGUGCCUGGCGCGCUCCGCCAGCACGGAGAGCGGCUUCCACAACCACACGGACACGGCCGAGGGCGACGUGAUCGCCGCGGCCCGCGACGGCUACGACGCGGAGCGCGCGCAGGACCCCGAGGACGAGGGCGCCUACGCCGUGCAGUACCGGCCCGAGGCCGAGGAGUACACGGAGCAGGCGGAGGCCGAGCACGCCGAGGCGGCGCACCGCCGCGCGCUGCCCAACCACCUGCACUUCCACUCGCUGGAGCACGAGGAGGCGAUGAACGCGGCCUACUCGGGCUACGUGUACACGCACCGGCUCUUCCACCGCGGCGACGACGAGCCCUACGCCGAGCCCUACGCCGACUACGGGGGCCUCCAGGAGCACGUGUACGAGGAGAUCGGGGACGCGCCCGAGCUGGAGGCGCGCGACGGCCUGCGGCUGUACGGGCCGGAGCGCGACGAGGCGGCCGCCUACCGCCAGGAGGCCCUGGGCGCGCGGCUGCACCACUACGACGAGCGCUCCGACGGCGAGUCCGACAGCCCCGAAAAGGAGGCCGAGUUCGCGCCCUACCCGCGCAUGGACAGCUACGAGCAGGAGGAGGACAUCGACCAGAUCGUGGCCGAGGUCAAGCAGAGCAUGAGCUCGCAGAGCCUCGACAAGGCGGCUGAGGACAUGCCCGAGGCCGAGCAGGACCUGGAGCGCCCCUCCACGCCAGGCGGGCUCCGCCCCAGCAGCCCCGGGCUGCAGGCGCCGGCGGGGCAGCCGCGGGCGGCGGGCACCGCGGGCGGCGGCGAGGCGGUGCAGCGCUACAGCAAGGAGAAGAGGGAUGCCAUCUCGCUGGCCAUCAAGGACAUCAAGGAGGCCAUCGAGGAGGUGAAAACCAGGACCAUCCGUUCGCCUUACACCCCCGACGAGCCGAAAGAGCCCAUCUGGGUCAUGCGGCAGGACAUUAGCCCCACCAGGGAUUGUGAUGACCAGAGGCCGGGGGAUGGAGAUUCUCCAUCUCCCGGCAGCUCCUCGCCCCUGGGUGCAGAGUCUUCGAGUACACCCCUUCCUCCUAGUGACCCCGCGGAAGCAUCCACGAACAAAGAGUCAAGAAAAAGCUUGGCUUCAUUCCCAACCUACGUUGAAGUUCCCGGACCUUGUGACCCUGAAGACUUAAUUGAUGGAAUCAUUUUUGCUGCCAAUUACCUUGGCUCCACCCAACUGCUCUCAGACAAAACUCCCUCCAAAAACGUGCGCAUGAUGCAGGCCCAGGAAGCUGUGAGCAGGAUCAAGAUGGCCCAGAAAUUAGCCAAAAGCAGGAAGAAGGCUCCUGAAGGCGAAACUCAGCCAAUGACAGAGGUGGAUCUCUUCAUUUCUACCCAGAGAAUCAAAGUAUUGAAUGCUGACACACAGGAGACAAUGAUGGACCACCCUCUGAGAACCAUUUCCUACAUCGCAGACAUUGGGAACAUCGUCGUGCUGAUGGCCCGCAGGAGGAUGCCUCGCUCAAACUCCCAGGAGAACGUGGAAGCCUCCCAUCCAUCCCAGGACGGGAAAAGGCAGUACAAGAUGAUCUGCCACGUCUUCGAGUCUGAGGACGCCCAGCUGAUCGCACAGUCCAUAGGGCAGGCGUUUAGCGUGGCAUACCAGGAGUUCCUCAGGGCCAAUGGCAUCAACCCCGAAGACCUCAGCCAGAAGGAGUACAGUGACCUGCUCAACACCCAGGACAUGUACAACGACGACCUGAUCCACUUCUCCAAGUCGGAAAACUGCAAAGAUGUCUUCAUAGAGAAGCAGAAGGGAGAAAUCCUAGGUGUGGUGAUCGUGGAAUCCGGCUGGGGGUCCAUCUUGCCAACCGUGAUCAUAGCCAACAUGAUGCAUGGAGGGCCCGCAGAGAAGUCAGGGAGGCUGAAUAUCGGGGACCAGAUCAUGUCCAUCAAUGGCACCAGCCUGGUAGGCCUGCCUCUGUCCACCUGCCAGAGCAUUAUUAAGGGCUUGAAGAAUCAGGCCCGGGUAAAGCUGAAUAUCGUGAGGUGUCCUCCGGUGACCACCGUGUUGAUCAGGAGACCAGACCUUCGCUACCAGCUGGGUUUCAGCGUCCAGAAUGGAAUUAUCUGCAGCCUCAUGCGAGGGGGAAUAGCCGAGAGAGGAGGCGUCCGUGUGGGACACAGGAUCAUUGAAAUCAACGGACAGAGUGUGGUCGCCACCCCACACGAGAAGAUUGUCCACAUCCUCUCCAAUGCUGUGGGGGAGAUACACAUGAAGACCAUGCCGGCUGCCAUGUACAGACUGCUGACAGCCCAGGAGCAGCCCGUUUACAUCUGAGGCCCCGCCCACCGCCUGGCGGCAUGCAUGGAGGACUCUCCUCACUCGUGGUGUGUUUCUCGUGCUGCAUCUGUGUGCCCACUGAGACAUUUCCCUCUCAUGCCCAGCCUUCUGUCUUGCACAGGAAGGAUGAAUCCUCAAAGACCUCUUUGUUCUCUGUCUGUCUCCAGUUUGCAUCUUUAUGUUUAAUACCUGGGGAAUUUUGUAUGUACUCCCUUGAGGAUAGAGAGCAGCCAGUAUCCACCUGGUGUCUUCCCAGGACUCGACUGUCCUGAAGGGCCCUCAGGGGGGCCCGAGGAGGGCUGUCACUGCCCACGGGGGAACCCUCCCUUCUCAAGAGGUGCAGACCUCUUAGAAGGAGCUCCCAGGGGCAGCAAAGAAGCUGUUUUAGCAGUGCCUACAACUCAAUCACUGAUCUCUGCUCCCCUAGAGUCAAUGUGUGGGAACAUGGUAGUAAUGGGGGACCAGCCGUGUCUUUAAGGAUAUGCCCUGCCCGCCCUGUACUUGGGGCACCAUGCAUAAUUUCUGCCCAGAAUCCUGAGCCAGCCUUAUGCUUCUCCUAUAGCUAGUGUUAGUUUCAACAUAAUUGUGUUUUCUAAUAGGAGCCUCCUUACCCAAGGAUACAAGCGGAACUGCUUUGGACAAAGAUUACCAUCACGUUGUCGGCAAUUUCUGGGACAGCUGUAACUUCCCCAGCUUGUCCUGAGGUCACAAAUCGUUAGAUAAACAUGGGCAGGUGCUUUCUAUGUUCCUCUAUAUCACACACCCUUAUGUACACAUAGACUCACUUGCAUGUAUAUCGCCCUCUCCUUGUCCCCACCACCCAGGAGGCACACGGAAGCCCUGGAAAACCCACAUCACCUCUCUGCAAGGCCCUUUCCCCUGGCAGGGGAGACCCACAGGGGCUGAUCAGCCCUGUCCCCAGAGAGACGCCCCUUCAGUGGCCGAGGUCUGGCCCUGCCAGCGCCACCUUGGCUCAAAGUGUUCUCCUAGUGGAUUUCCCUCACCCCCUCCCCACCCCGCCACACACACACAUGGAAUCUGGAAAGGCUUUGCUCACCUUGAGGAUGAGGAUGUGGGGGAUGUGGGUACAUCAUGGUAUACUUCCUGGCCCAACGCAGGACUGGCUUUUCUUUCUGCACAGGGCCACUAGGUGGGAUGUGACAUUUGAAAGGCUAGAAGAGUACAUAAACCGCAAAACUAAGGGGACAAUGAUGACCUCAAGGCAUGCCUAAGAAAUCCCCAAAUGUGUUCCAAAAACAUCAUCUUGCUGCCUCCUGGGUCUGAGAGUUUAAUUGGUGUGGAACGUUACGUGUUUUUAUCAGGUGCCUCAUGUUUAUAGGUUUCUGUCUAGUUCAGUGCAGACAUUUCAGUAACAUUAUCCUGAGCCAGUUCUUACUUAUUCUUGGUCCAAAGAGCAUUUUGUUUUCACAUGGAUGUGGUGUAGCUUGGUUUUGUUUUGUUUUGUUUUGUUUCAUUCAUGACCUCAGCGGAGACAGGGAAGAGAAACUAUUUUAUAAUAUUAAUAUAGCCCCUGUUCUCCGCAUCUGGGAUAUUUAUGUUGUGUUUGUGGAAAUAGGAGCGCAGUGAACACAUGUUGCAUAGUAUGUAAUUAUAGGUUGAAUGGAGGGAUUGGAGGGAGGGCGAGAAAAGUUACUAUAAAGAAGAGGUUAGGAACAGGAGACUUAUAUCAGAGAGCUAGCUGGAUGCGGUCAGUUCCCUGGGAUCUCUGUGCCUUUGGAGUUUUCCGUUUAGAGUCAGGAAAAGUUAAGGUUUCCAAGGUGGCAGUGGCUGAUCUCUCAGUUUGUGGUGCAACAAGCCCUGAGGAAGAGGGGCCGUGCUGCCCAAACAUCAUCUCUGGGAAAGGGCCACCUCUUCUCCAGGGGAGCCAGGUGGGCAGUCAGGAACCAUGGCUCCAGGUUCUCCAUUUAUCAAACUAUAGAGUGUCUGAUAACUUAGAGUCAAAAGUUCAUCUUUCCUCUACCAAAAAGAGAGAGUGAAACACAAAUGCAGUGUUAUGGGUGGUGUUUCAGGCAUCAGGAGCCCUGGGGAAUCGUCGGGGGGCUUGUGUCUGUCUGCCCCCAGGUAACCACUCGGGCUGCCGGCCCAAGGACCUGUCCAGAGGCCCGCCCAAGACUGGCCAGGGACGGGAGCUCAGCCAGCGUUCCCUGUGCAGCCUCUCAUAUAAUUACAAUGCAGUGUCUUUGCCCAGGGAAGAGAGGAGAGAGAACACACUUUCUAAUGCUCCUGCACAAAAAUCUUAGUUUUGACAGGUGCCGAAAAAGCCAGUUAGAUAAGCUGUCCUAGAAGACUAAUGUAUUUUAGCCUAAGAGAGAGAUUAUUUAUCUACCACAUACCUUCAUGUUGAUAAAAGUGGCUCCUCCCAUCCAGAUAGCUCGUUUCUGGAGCUCGGUACCACCGGGCUGAUGUGUAUUCUUUCCCUUCUCCCCCAUUGGAUGAAGGACUUUAAUCUCCCUUUGGUUUACCAAGGAAGUGGCAUCUUAAAUGUUAGUAACUCCAUUUUUGAAAGUCUCAUGGGAAAUGGCAGUCAAUACCCCUUGAUAUCCCGCUAUGUAUCAUUAUGUAUGUAAAUAUCUGAAUACCCCCUGUAAUGGGGAAGGCUAUAUACAGAGCAUCCCAAACACGGCCCUGGCAAAAAGCCACUCUGGCCCCUCGGCUGGGACAUGCUGGUGAUUCAGCUUUGGGGACAGAUUCUCAGAUUCAUCUACCCCUCCGGGUCUGGUGCACCACACACAAGGGUGCACCAGAACCCACUCCGCCUCUGCCUUCUCAGAUUCAAACAUGUCAGGGAGCCACCUCCAGCCUCAGGUUCCCGAGAGGAAGAAGCCCUGAGAGAUGGAUGCUUGGAGCCCCUUCCCCUCACCAGAUCAGGCCCAGCGGGGCAUGGGGCCCAUCCUGGGGCUGGACUCCAAGGCCCUACAGACGGCUCUGCUUUGUAAACAUCGCCCAUCCACGCCGGCCUCAGAGGGUCCCAGAGUAACCUACUACCUCCCCCAUUGCUCCUGUCGCCCCCAGACCCCCACCUGCAGGCUGAUGAAACCCAUCCACCAGCCCUUCUUGGGUCCUUCAACCUAGGGGUGUGGCUGUUACCACUGUUUACAACCAAGGGCCCCUCCCCUUAGCUGUGUUUACUCUCCCACUUACACGAGGCUGCUUGUUGGUUUGAGUCUUUGUUUGUCUGCUCCUUUCCUGGUUUGGCCGACUUGACCACACACACACACGCGCACACACACACACACACACACACACACACACACACGCGCACGCCCCUGAAUCUCCAUCCCCCCUCCAUCAAGGCAGCGCGGGAGGACGGUGGGAAGGAAGUUUCUUGUACAUAUUCAGCAGCCCCUAGAGUAUGAACUUGUACUAUUGUUCUGUAAAGAGGGUGAAAUAGAGCUUAUUGUAAAGCGUUUGGGAGACGUAGAGUAUUGUAUUUGUAACAAUAUCGUUCUUUGUAUACACAAAACUCAAUGAUCUCUAUAUAUAAAUAUAAAUAAAUAUAUAAAUAAAGUAUAUAUCCACGUGAGCCUGGAAUGUGGACGCUGCACACCCACCGAAUGUACUUCCUCUGGCAGUCUGGUCACCGGGCGCAGCCCGCCCUCCCCUCCGUAGUGUUUCGGGGAUUGUGAUGUAUUUAACGUUCUCUUUUCUUUAUUUAACUGAACGCUAAUGUCUGUUAAGAGUUGCCGCAACAAUAAACAAGAACUUCACUUCUUG